AUGAGACGACUCCCAAUCGUCUCGAUUUUUGCAUUAUUUGCAAUAGUCGGUGCCGCCCGAGUGGACAUUGAUUUGAUCAAUGAGACAAUCAGAGAUCUUCUCCAUUUCAAGAGUUCGGAUCCGAACAUCACCACAUUCCAUCGUUCGUCUCAUGCUCUCACCGAGCACAUGAAGAAUCUUUAUCAGAUUUUCAUUGACGAAGAUUUCAACGAAGAUGGUAAUUUGGUCCGCGCGAUUGAGCCUGCUGUCGGAAAAUUCGAAGGACAAGAAGUCCUAGUUUUUGAUGUCGAUGGAUUCGACGCUCACGAAUCCAUAAUGAGAGCUGAACUUCAUUUCUAUCUCAGACGACGUGACGCCUUCUCCAGCAGACGUUCUCGUCAGAUUCGUGCGAAAUCGAUUUGUGUGAAUGAGUACUGUAGGCAACAAACGUUGAAGAAGAUUCGAACAAGUGGAGAUGAAGAAUACAAAGUGAUUUGGGAUGCGACAAAAUCUGUAUUCGAUUCGUAUCAUUUGGACGCAAAGCAAGCGGUUUUCCGUAUCACUCGAGAACAUUCCAAAAUGAGACCAUACUCUGAAAUGAUCAGAAAGAGCACUCCAUUCCUCGUGAUCUAUUCAAAAGUCAAUCAUACUUUGGACACGAAACAAGUCAUUCAACAAACUGAGCAAACGAAAAGAAAGAGAAGAGAUUUGGGAAAUGAGGAUUUGAGAGAAUACUACACCUAUAAUUCCAUUCCUUUGGAUAACGACGAACGAGAGCCAAUGAGAAGAAAGAGUGGAAAAAAGAACAGUUUGUCGGAGGAGAUGUCAUCUGAAGAUGUUUGGCAAGGAUUCGGAGAGGAAACUUCUAGAGAGGAAAGAGAAAGAAAAGCGAAUGAAGAGUUGGCAAAUGAUGUGAGAGUUGUGUUGCUACAGAAUAAGAAUCGUUGUCACAAAGAGGGAACUUUGGUCAGUCUCAAACACUUCGGAUGGGAUAAAUUCGUGAUGGAACCCAGAACAAUCGAAACGUCGUUCUGCAAAGGAAAAUGUGCGAAACCAAUGUUGGCAAGUGGAAAGGCAUCGAAUCACGCUAUGCUCCAAUCACUGUUCGCCGCGGAGCCAGUGUGUUGUGCACCGACUAAUUUGAAAUCGCUCAACUUUUUGUAUAGAGACGAAAAAGGACGUACAGUAAUCCGCAACUACUCAAAGAUGCUCAUCGGCUCGUGUUCUUGCCUUUAA